AUGGCCGCCAACGGCGAGCACAAAUCGAAAGAAACCACCACCACCAGCACCUCACUCGCGGAUUCGUGGUCCGAUGGAUUUCUCUGGCGCGGAAAGCAGACCCUCAAAGUUCCCGUUACCAUGUUCAACGAGAAUCGCCAGAAGCUCGCAGAGCGGAUGCGAGCCAAGCUGCAAGACCGGGAAGAACAUGCCGUCGUGCUCCUACAGGGCGGGGAGUCUCAGAUGCGCCACUGCACGGACCACGAGGACGUCUUCAGGCAGGAGAGCUACUUCUCGUAUCUCUUUGGGGUCAUCGAGCCUGGAUUCUAUGGUGCUGUGGACGUGUCAGUGCAGCCGGCACGGUCGUUCCUCUUCAUGCCGCACCUCCCGGACUCCUAUGCUGUGUGGAUGGGUCCCCUGCACACGCAGCAACAGAUCAAGGACAAGUAUGGAGUGGACGAGGUGCACUAUAUCGAGGACAUAACAGCAGUGCUGAAAGCAGCAGCAGGCAGUAGCGGCAGCUUGCCUACUCUGUUCCUUCUGCGAGGGAUCAACACAGACAGCGGCAACUCCUGCAAGCCAGCCCACUUUGAUGGCAUAGACGCCUUCCCCCAGGACCUCACCAUCUUACACCUGGAGUUGAGCGAGUGUCGUGUGAUCAAAUCACAGGAGGAGAUUCGUGUGAUGCGCUAUGCUGCUGCUGUGUCGUCUGACGCUCAUGUGGAGGUGAUGCGGAGGGUCAAGCCAGGCAUGAUGGAAUACGAAAUGGAGGCGGAUUUCCUGCACCAUGCAGCCGUGGCUGGGGGAUGCCGUUUAGCCGGGUACACAUGCGUGUGCGGCACGGGUCCCAACAGCAGCAUUCUGCACUACGGCCAUGCUGGUGCUCCUAAUGACAGGGAGUGCAGGAAUGGGGACAUGGCGCUUCUAGACAUGGGCGCAGAGUAUUUCACAUACGGCGCUGACAUCACAUGCUCCUUCCCUGUCAACGGCAAAUUCACUUCAGACCAACGGCUGGUGUAUGAGGCGGUGUUGGCAGCACAGAGGGCGGUGUUUGCUGCAAUGAAGCCGGGAGUCAGCUGGGUGGACAUGCACAGGUCGAUUGACGACAUGAUGGCACAGCACCUGGGAGCGCUGUUCAUGCCGCAUGGGCUGGGGCACUUUCUUGGCAUCGACACGCAUGAUGUUGGCGGCUACAACAAUGCAGAGAGGUUGAAUGAGCCAGGGGCCAAGUCUCUUCGCACAACAAGGCACUUGGAAGCUGGCAUGGUCAUCACAGUCGAGCCAGGCUGCUAUUUCAUCGACUCCCUGCUUGAUCCCGCCCUAGCUGACCCGGCUGUAGCCCGCUUCCUAGUGCCUGAAAGAAUUGCUCAGUUCCGAGGCUUUGGCGGUGUGAGGCUGGAAGACGACGUGGUGGUAACAACAGAGGGCAUCGAUAACCUGACCAGGUGCCCUCGUGACGUGGCUGAUGUGGAAGCGGUUAUGGCAGGCAAGCCAUGGCCUUCUGCUUUGGACGCAUUCCAGUGA